AUUCAUCCCACAGGGACAGCUAAAUCCCUAAGGGGCUCAGUAGUCAUGUCCUUAAAACCCGAUGAUGCCAGCAGUGGGUUCCAGCACAACAAUGUUGUGGCCUUCAUCAAUGAGAAGAUGGCCGGGCACACAAAAGGCCCUGAGUUCUAUCUCGAGAAUAUAGCCCUGUCCUGGGAGGAGGUGGAGAACAAGCUCAGGGACAUCCUAGAGGACAGCACGGUGCCCAGCGAGGUCAAAGACGCCUGUGCCUGGAGCAGCCUUGCCCUGGGCGUGCGUUUCGCACGCAGGCAGGGCCAGUUACACAAGCACAGGGUACAGUGGCUGCACGAUUUUGCCAAACUGCAUAAGUCCGCUGCACAGGCCUUGGCCUCAGACCUAAAGGAGCACACAGCGCGGCAGGAGAUGGAGCGCAAGGAGGCAGCAUUCCGGAUGCGGCAGACACAAGCAAACCUGGCAGAGAUGCAGAAGGAACGGGACCUCCUGAAGUGGAAGCUCUUCCAGCUGGGGUCUACCAGGGAGCAGGGCCAGGCCACAGAGGGGCCAGGCCCAGCCACUGCCAGUGGGGCUGGGACAGAAGAAACACGCAAGGAGGUAGAGGAGUCCCAAGCUGCUCCUGCUGGUGCCACAGGAAAAGGAAGAAGAAGACAGAAAAAUGCAUUGGGGGCUGAAGCCACAAAGGAGCUCGGCAGAGGCCUCCUGCACGUGGUCGGAGCCGUGGAACGGAAAAAUUACACCACUGGUGGCCAGAGAGGGGGAGAUCUCAGGUCAGUGGAAACCACCAUGUUUUAUUUCUCUGGGACCCUCAAGCCUGGGUCCAUAGUCUCACCAUCACCCCUUCCUGUCCAGCUCCCUGCCUCAUUCACGUACUCCUACUCAUGCCCCUCAUCCCCCUUCCCACCUGCGCCCACACCAUCCCCACCAGCAGCAACAUGCACAGCAAGAGUUCCAUCUCAGACAUCUCCCAACAGGAAGCCCUCUGAUGUUAGCUUGUGUUCUGAUGUGGGGUCCCAGGGAACAGACCCUCAAGAAUCCCAAAGAGACAGGAGAGACUCCGAACCCCAUCAGCAGAGAAGACCUCCCAUAUUUCGAAGGCCUGGGGAUUGGGACUGCCCUUGGUGUAAAGCUGUGAAUUUUUCACGGAGGGAAAUUUGCUUCCGCUGUGGGAGGGGAAUCUGGCUGCAAAGCCCUCAGUAA